AUGCCUUUUGAGGAAGAUAAAGGUGCUGUGCUGCCAGAACUGAAGCCAACACUAACUCCACAGAGAUGCAAUCUCAGUGGUUCAAUAGCAUCCCCAGAUGUCAAAUUAAACCUCGGUGGAGAUUUUAUCAAAGAAUCUACAGCUACGACAUUUCUGAGACAAAGAGGGUAUGGCUGGCUUUUGGAAGUUGAAGAUGAUGAUCCCGAAGAUAAUAAACCACUCUUGGAAGAAUUGGAUAUUGAUCUAAAGGAUAUUUACUACAAAAUCCGGUGUGUUUUGAUGCCAAUGCCCUCGCUUGGUUUUAAUAGACAAGUGGUGAGAGACAAUCCUGACUUUUGGGGUCCUCUGGCUGUUGUUCUUUUCUUUUCCAUGAUAUCAUUAUAUGGUCAGUUUAGGGUGGUCUCAUGGAUUAUAACCAUUUGGAUAUUUGGUUCACUAACAAUUUUCUUACUGGCCAGAGUUCUUGGUGGAGAAGUAAGUAGUUAAUUUUGAAAAUACUGGGGGUU